UGUGUUGAACGGUGACGGGCAUCACCAGGAUAGCAGAUUCAAAAAUGUGGGCAUACUUCGUGGCAUGUGCUAUUUUCAUACAAUGUGCUUCCUGCUUACGUCUCGUUCGGUUGGAUGUACCUCAUGCUAUUUUGAAUGGUGAUUCGAUUUGGUUAAACUGCUCAUUUGAUUUGGAAGCAGAUGAAUUAUAUUCAGUCAAGUGGUAUAAAAACAAUGUUGAAUUUUAUCGAUAUCUACCGAGUGACCAACCUCCCGCUCAAAAGUAUGAUUUAUUAGGAGUGUAUUUAGACGUACGUGCUUCCUGCUUACGUCUCGUUCGGUUGGAUGUACCUCAUGCUAUUUUGAAUGGUGAUUCGAUUUGGUUAAACUGCUCAUUUGAUUUGGAAGCAGAUGAAUUAUAUUCAGUCAAGUGGUAUAAAAACAAUGUUGAAUUUUAUCGAUAUCUACCGAGUGACCAACCUCCCGCUCAAAAGUAUGAUUUAUUAGGAGUGUAUUUAGACGUACAUAAUUAUUUAUUAUUUAAAGCACCCGGAUACGGCAGGAAAGGCCCUACAAUUAAUGGCGUGAAAGGGAGAUACCAUAUCGGUGACGUGAUCGAAUUAAAUUGCACUUCAAUAAUGCAUCCCAAACCGCAGUUGCAAUGGAUCAUAAACAAUAAAGUGGCAUCCCCAGAACACGUUAUAAUAUACAAAGUGGAGGAAUCGAACAAGUCGUUGUUAGGUCUACGGUUCCAAAUUUUUCAGCACCAUUUUGUGGAGGACCAAUUACGUAUCAAUUGUACUGCUAAAUUAUCUGUAGUUAAAACUUCGAAAACAGAGCAAAAUAUAUCAGGAAGCAGUCAGUAUACGUCGGGUUUGCAAAUGUCUGACAGCAGAGGAGUAUACAAUAAUGGAACAAGAAGUCAACAUAUCCUGACAUUAAUUUUAAUGUUAUUGCGACUUUUGAGAUUAUAGUAAAAAUGAACAUUUUUGAAAGAAGAAAAUAAGAAUAAAAAAAAGAAAACAGAAGAAAAAUUUAAAAUAAAAAAUAAAGUGAUCGACUUAUAGUAAAAACAAGAAAUUGACUUAACGUAGUUGUGAUCAUAAGACGUCUUCACGUGAGAAAUUUGCUCACUAUCAUCAUUAUUAAAUGUUUAUCAUCUCUAUGCAGAUCGGAAUUUUCUGUUAUAAUCAUUUUCAAGUCAAGGUGUUCAUCUCGUGUUAAUUUCAAUGUGAGAAGACGAGGGACCGGCAUCAUUAUUUACAAUUUUAUCAUCUAUUUUAUAAUAUAUAACAAAAAAAAAUCAACCACCAAAAUAUAAAAAAAAAAAAAUCUUUGAUGUUCGACGUAUUGGCAGUGUGUGAUGGAAAAUAUGGAGAAGUAUCAUCCGUGUACAUUUAUAAUAAUAAUCACGAACUUUGUACAGAAUUUUGUUUUGUGAUUGUACACAGACAAUCUUCUAUGUAAUAUAAAAUCAUUCAUUUGUAUUUAGUUUGAUUUCUUCCCUCCCCCACUUAAACACACAAAUUGUAUUUAAACUGCGAAUAACAUAGCACCGAAAUGAG